AUGGGUCGGAGGAAAAUCGAGAUCAAGGCGAUCAAGGACGAUCGCAACCGAUCGGUCACCUUUCUCAAACGCAAAGGCGGCCUGUUCAAAAAGGCCCAUGAGCUAGCCGUGCUCUGCUCGGUCGAUGUGGCUGUCAUCAUCUUCGGUCAUAAUAAAAAGCUCUAUGAGUUCUCCUCGUGUGAUAUGCGAGAGACACUGGGGCGCUACCAAUAUUUCGGCCCUCCUCACGAACACAAAGGACCGGAAGACUUUCUCGGCAAACGCGAUGGCGACGACGAUGAUGAUGACGAGCUCACUCCGGCGCCAGAAGACUUGGCUCCCCAGAACCCCCCGCAUUCCGUUGUCCCGCCGCAUCUACAGACCCAGCAGGGCUUCCAGCACAUCAAUCAGGCGCCCUCUGCCUCUCCGCCGAUCAACAACGGCGUGCCCUUCAACCACCCCCGCCAUGGAACACCGCAGCCUCAGCACAUCUCCCGCCCAUCGUCAAGGAAUCAUGUCCGUCGGGUCAGCUCCAACCUCGUGCCGCAGCAGCAUCACGCUGCGACUCCGCCGCCCCCUCCACACCCGCCGCACCAGCCAACGGCACCGAAUGGCUUCGCCUACGUGCCCAAUCCAGCAGCCAUGUAUAACCAGCAGCCCCCGCGGCCCCCGCAAUAUCCGCACUACGUCCAUCCCCAGCCCGCUCCGCACCCCAUGCAGCAGCAGAUGCCUCCGCAUCUCCCCCCCCAUGCUGCCCAUCCACACAGUCUGCCACCGCAGUCGCAGCCACCCAUGGCUCCGGUGUACAUGCAUGACCAGGGGAGAGGCUCUAUGCCACCCGCGUUCCCUCAGGAGCAGCACGCGCAUGCACAUCAACAGCACCAACAGCACCAACAGCACCAGCAGCACCAACAGCACCAGCAGCACCAACAGCACCAACAGCACCCACAACAUCAGCUUCAGCCACAUCAACAACAACAACAACAACAACAACAACAGCAGCAGCAGCAGCAACAACAACAGCAGCAACAACAACAAAAGCCACAUCAACAGGCACACCGCGCCGGUCCUUUACUUGAAACAUCAUCACAGGAACAAAUGCCGGGCCAGCUCAAGGCGGAAGGAAGCCAGUCUCCACCAUUGCAGCGCUCUUUUUCGUCCAAGUCCCGCAGUAUCUUUACUCCCAUUGACGAUCGUGGAUCUGUGCUGGCGCGACAUUUCGGCGUGGGCCCCCCGCUGUCCGACUCCCCUCGCGGUGAACAAACGGUGAAAUCCGAGCUCAAGCCGGAAGAUGCCAAAGACAAGCCCGGGGCCGGUGAAGCUCCCUCGGCGAAGCACCCGGUGGCGGCCGACGUCCGAGCCCCCCCCGUACGGACAGCCAGCACCAGCAGCCAGAUCCCACCCAAGCGACCACAGCUCAAGGUGCAGAUCCCCAGCGAGACCUCGGACAAGGGCAGCGCGACGGCCGAGUCCUCGUCGCACGAUUCGACAGGACAUACCCGGAACAUGACCCCUGCCAAAGCCGCGGCGGCGGAUGGGAAUCACUCGGGCGUCGUGCUGCCUCCUCCCUCGCCCUCGGCCGGGGUCGUGUUGAGCGCAGGUGCCACGGGGCCUCCCAACCCGUUUGCACGGCCUCCUCCCCCCCCACCAACAACCAGCAGUAGCAACAGCGGAGGCAGUAAUGCAACAGCGACCACCGCGGUGAAUAACAACGGGACCUCUUCUUCCACUGCCGCGGUGGCGGCAGCAACCAACAACUCAGCAUACAACAACAACAACAAUAUCGAUACUCCCAUCUCCGCCCUCCCCAGCCGCUUCGUCUCCGACGCCCUUCUCCCCUCCCCAUCCUCGUUCUUCCCGGAAUGGGGCUUCGGCCGUUCCGGCCCAGACACAAACAUGCUGCCUAGCCCCUUGACCUUUCCCACCCCGGCCGUCCCGAUGGGCCCGGGGUUCGCGCGCGAUGACCUCGACGCAGACAAGAAACGCAAGUCUCCAGAGGGGGGGCAGUCGCCUGAGGGGGGGAUGAAGAGGACGAAAACUUGA